AUGGUCCUUCAGCAUUACGGUGUCCCAACAGCCCCAUUUGUCGUACUGCACCUCGAUGAUGAAGAGGAACUCACACCUGAGAAGAUCCAAAAGACAAUAGACAAUUCCCAGCACGCCAAAAGCCUCUCAAAAUAUCCGCUGUUUGCAAAACCACUUGCCGAGGGCUCUUCGAAGGGUAUACAAACUAGCAACAAGAUUAGAAACGCAAGCGAGCUAUAUCCUGCUAUUCAAGACGUGAGAGCGAGUACCGUUUCCUCAAGUGGGAUUCUCAUCGAGGCCUUCUUAUCCGGCAGAGAGUUUACUGUUGGAUUGUUAGGAACAGGCAAGAAUGCGUGGGUUGUAGGUGUCACUGAGAUGGUAUGGAAGGGGCAAAAGAGACAAGAUGGUGCAUUGGAUGAGAAUAUUGCAUUCACCACAGAGAGGUCUAAGGCUAACGACGAUUGGGAUGGGAUUGUUGAUGAGGAAAUAGACCAAUCUGUCGCCAUUUAA